AUGUCGAGCGCUCGAGGAUGCUGUUCUGUUGCCGGUGAUGCCACUACUGCCUCUGCUGCCGCUGCCGCCACUACUGCCACUGCUACCGCUGAUGGUACUGAUGGUACUGAUGCCUCUGUCGUCGAUGGUGCCACUGUCACCGCUGUCGCCGGUGAUACCUCUAAUGCCGCUGCCGCUGCUGCCGCUGCCGCUGCCGCUGGUGAUGUCUCUGAUGCUGCUAUCGCCUUUAUUGUCGUGAAUGCCGCAAUUAGCUCUAUUGCCGCUGAUUUCGCUUAA